GGUGCUACUGAGGGAACGGGACGUGUGUGUCCUGCGGUUCGGUUUGCCAGGACUGUUUCAGCCGGCUUUACCCUCGGAGAGUCGCUUCGCAGCGGCAGGCUCAUGAUGAGAACAUAAAGUCUGUCGUCUGAGAGGAGAAAUGCGAGCUUUUUUGUGGAAAAGUCCUUUUGAAAAAAGUGAGGACCUGCUAUGCUAAAAGCCCAGUCAGUGUUGUCUCCUGCAGUGACCAAAUGAUGACGAGUGCAUGGUUCCCCUAUGAAUUUUGUAUCAUAUCAUAAGGGAUCUGCUGUGCUGUGCUUUGGAUGAAGGCAGCAAUUCCCACCACUCAGGUCUCAAGUUAACCUCCUCUUAGACAAAGGCUUAACGUCCUUUGCCCGGCUUCCUCUUCUGAUGCCACCAUGCCCAUCAUCAGCAAUGCCAACCAUGACUUCAGCAACCUCUCUGUCAGUGAUGACAGCAGCCUGGACCGCAUCUUCACAGAGAUACCUGAGACAGAAACCAUUAAAGGCAUGUACUACCAGCGUGCCCGCUUCCUUCGGCGGCCAGAGGACCUGCUGUCUGUGGAUCAUGGUCUGCAGGCACUCAUCAAUGUGGGUGGCAACCGCUACACCUUUCCCUGGACCACACUGGAGCAGUUCCCCCUGACACGUCUGGGUCGUCUGCGCAUGUGUAGCAGCCCUGAGGAGAUCGCUGGUGUGUGUGACGACUACGAUGAGGCACGACGCGAGUUCUUCUUUGACCGCAGCCCCAGCGCCUUCCGUGUCAUUCUUAACUUCUUGGCAGCAGGCAAGCUGCGAAUGCUGCGUGAGAUGUGUGUACUCUCGCUUCACGACGAGUUGACCUACUGGGGUGUGGAGAUGGCCUACAUGGAGCGUUGCUGCAAGCGCAAGAUGUACACACGCCUGGAAGAGAUGGCCGAGCAUGAACGUCGCGAGGAGGAGCGUCGGCGCCGCAGCAUGCAGAUCCGCCCCCCAGUGGAGGAGACACGCUAUCGCAAGUUCAUGAACCGCUUGAGGGACAUGGUGGAGAACCCGCAGUCGGGCCUGCCAGGGAAGAUGUUCGCCUGCCUGUCAGUGCUGAUGGUGGCAGUCACUGUGGUCAGCCUUUGCAUCAGCACAAUGCCAGACCUGAGAGAAGAGGAAAACAGGGGUGAAUGUUCGCAGAAGUGCUACCACAUGUUUAUUGUGGAGACGGUGUGUGUGGCCUGGUUCUCCCUGGAAUUCAUUCUGCGCUUCAUCCAGGCACGUAGCAAGCUGGAGUUUGUGCGUGGACCCCUCAACAUCAUUGAUGCCAUGGCCAUUCUGCCGUACUAUGUUUCCCUGGUUGUAGAAGAGGAAGACCCAGGGACGGAGCAUGAACGUCCGGCCGGGGGAAAGGGCUACCUGGACAAGCUGGGCCUGGUGCUGCGCAUCUUGCGGGCGCUACGCAUCCUGUAUGUGAUGCGGCUGGCACGGCACUCACUGGGCCUGCAGACACUGGGGCUGACCGUGAGAAGGAGUACUCGCGAGUUUGGUCUGCUGCUGCUCUUCUUAUGUGUGGCCGUCACACUCUUUUCGCCACUAGUUCACCUGGCUGAGAGCGAGCUAACAGGAGCACAGGACUUCAGCAGCAUCCCUGCCUCCUACUGGUGGGCCAUAAUCUCAAUGACCACAGUGGGCUAUGGUGAUAUGGUUCCCCGUAGCAUCCCCGGCCAGGUGGUAGCUCUCAGCAGCAUCCUAAGUGGCAUCCUCAUUAUGGCCUUCCCUGCCACUUCCAUCUUUCACAUGUUCUCCCGCUCCUACCAGGAGCUGAAACAGGAGCACGAUCGACUCUUUAAAGAGGAGUGUGCUGCUGCUGCCGCUGCUGCUGCUUUGGGUGGGCCAGGAGAAGAGCAGGAGGGGGGUGUGGAUUAUCCUCCCCCUGGACUGGGUCCCAGCCAGGACCCGAACAUUCCUGGUUCCUCCGAAGCCCUUUCUCUGCUGGGGAACAGAGGAGAGUCCACAGGGAAUAACAGACAUACUCUACCAGCAGGAGCCUUUUAGAAUGGACCAUUGAUGUGCCAGUGUGGACUGCACAGUGCUUCCAGAUUUUCCCUAUCCCAAACUAGACCCUGCAGUGGACAGAGAAAGGGCCUAAAGAUUGCUCCAUUAGGAGAAAGAGGCCUUAGGGACCUUCACUAUGUGAAUCGGGCUACCUUGUCUUCCAUCAGCCAUCAGCUGACUAGCUUUAACUGAUCAACUCUGUGCUCCAUAUUCAGCCUCUUUGGGAUUGAACAGCUUUUUCAGAUUCUCUAAUUAUGCUCAAGCCAUUCAGAAAUUACAUAGAGGGUUUUAUUUGUCCUGUUUUGUCACAGGUAAGGCUUCUUCAAGCCGUAAUGAUUGUAGCCUAGAUUACUUUCUGUCUUCUUCUUUCAGUUCAUUCAAAUCAAAAUUCAAACUAGCUGUUUCAUUUCAUUCAUCAUUUUAUUGGUUUGUUCAUGAACUACUAUUAAGAUUCUGCUCUCUGAGCACCUCUGCAUUUACACUGUCGAGAGCAAAUAUUUUACACAGACAUUUAGUCUCACUGUUCCUUUGUAGCAUUUUUGGACAUUUAGCAGUGACUGACUCAUAAUGGACCCAAAUAAAGACAGCAGCAAUCCAAGCA